CUUUCCUCUCCAUCCCACAGGAACCCUGGUCUGCGUAGAUAAGGACAGCCUGCUGCUAAUUUUACGCAGGAAAGGCAGGAAAUGUGAAGUGAAGACUUUGCUUUUCCACAAACAACAGAGCAGCCACACCGGCCUUGGAGAAGAUCCUGUGUGCCACAGUGCUGAGCAGUCUGGGACUGAAAAAGAGACACAAACAGAGAGAAAGUGAGGGAGGAGGGUCACUGGAAUUGAGGAGUUGGUUAGACAGAGAGAGACACAAGAAAAAGUUAAAAGGAAGAGUGAAAGAACGAAAGAUUUGGAUGGGAGAGACUGUGUCCUCUCUUGUAUCUCCUGUAUCUCUGGAGGGAGCUAUGGCGGAUAACAGCACUCAUCUUAUUGUGGAGAUACUGGAGUUCUUCGCAUUGAGGGAUGUGAUUCUGGCCUUCUGUCUUUCUAUGGUUGUUGGUCUUCUGCUGGGUGCUCUGGUCUAUAUGAUCUUGACCUGGAUGUCUCGUCGACGAGCUUCAGCCACCAUCACUCGCGUACCCAUCUACCAGUCCCGCUCCACCACCCGUUCAUCAUCGCCACGCUCUCGGCCAGGCUACAGUCGAUACAGCAGUGGCUAUGACCGACGCAGCAACAACAGUCUGGCCAGCGCUGCCUUCUCCCUCCAUCGGCAAACCUCAUCCUCACCGAUAGACUAUGGUGACUCACCGGGCCGCAAAUCGAGCUUCCGGGCCUCUACUUUUCAUCCUCUUCUUCAGUGUAGCCAGAUAGCUCGUGAGGCAGAAGAGGGUGCCCAGGGCAGCCUGCCACGGACCCCCACUCUCACUACCAGCCCUGGGGCAAGUGGUUCCACCAGCACUGUCAGUUCCAUGGUCACUCCACCCCGGGCCAGAACCAGGCCAGAUUCCUUCUGGGGCAACAACAAUCUAAGGGGCUUUCAUGCAGGCCAGACUCCACCACCUGCCUAUGAGAGCAUCAUACGAGCUUAUCAGGAGACAACCACGUGAAGGAAGAGGAGAUGCUACAGUGAUGGAGGAAGAUAAAUGUAUUAAUAGACUUGGACUAUACAAUUGGACACUUGAAAGCAAUAUUGAUGUCGUACAUCUUAAGACAUGGCCAGUUUUUCCACUGAACUAAAAGUUAUGUUCUUCUCACUAAGAAAAGAAAAGGUUUUUCUAAGAACUGUUCCAUGAAAGGAUCUUUGGGGAACCAAAUAUAACCAAAGUAAUUAUUUAAUGGCAUCAUUGUGAAAAUAUGUUUUUGAAUCUUUAUUUUGUGCGAGGUCAAUCAAAAAUACAGAGAAUGUUUUAAAGAGAGAGUGAGAUGAAUUUUUGGUUUCUACAGGUCUGCUUUAUUGAUUAGUAAAGACAAAAGACCUAUAUUUUUGCAAGGAGAGAAUAUGUCUGUAAGAGAGAAGUGAGAGAGAAAGAUGAGAAAACAUGAUAAACAGAGAGAGAAAGUAAGAAAUACUGAAGGUUGAAAUAAGCAUGGGGACAAAUCUAAGAGCAUUACUGAUCAGUGAUCUCUAUUGCAAACAAUAAUUUAAAUAAUUUAGAAUCAAGCUCAAUAGAUUAUGUAUUUAUUGGUUUGAUUUCUGUGAACUUUGUGAUCUUUUAAAGUCAUUGUAAGUAUUUCUCAGUUCAACUGUACUC